CUCGUUCUGUUCGCGUUCAGGCCAUCAUGCUUUUUUGUCUUUAGCAACUCUACUCCCGUCCUCAUCACGUCUGCAAUCGCGAAGGGGAGGGGUGCGUUUGUCUGCCAUGACGCGCCACGAUAACGAUGUCAUGCCGGCGGAGCUGCUCAGCCGUCGAACCCAGCUGGUCUCGUCGUCUCCCGGAGCAGCGUUGGCGAUACUCCUGAUCCUGGCGUGGUAUCUACGGUCGUGGUACAGGUUGCGACACAUCCCCGGCCCCUUUCUCAACUCCAUCUCCAUCGCGCCCAUGAACUACAUGACCCUCGGCGGGAAACUCAGCUUCCGGCUCAAGGACCUAGGUGACAGAUACGGUAAAAGAACUCAAUUCAUUCACAAGGUGCCGCUUCAUCCGGGUUUCAUCAGUCUCACAGUAUGUUGUCUUUUUGUAGGCCCGCUGGUCCGUGUCGGCCCGAACGAGGUCUUAUUCGGCGAUGCGGAUAGCUAUCGCGCCAUCUCGGCUGUCCGCUCCGACUUCACAAAGGGCCCGUGGUACGCCCUCUCCAAAGUCGUUCCGGACCAGGACAGUCUGUUCUCGCUCCGAGACGACGAGAAGCGCAAGGAGUUGAAGGCCAAGCUGAGUCCAGGCUACGCCGGACGAGAGAACGGCGGCUUCGAGGCGGGCAUAGACAGCAUCGUCGCGCGGCUCGUCACGCUCAUCGGGUCCAAGUACACGUCGACGCCGACCGACUUCCGCCCGAUCGAGUUCUCUCACAAGGCCCAGUACUUCGCCCUCGACGUCGUGAGCGAGCUCUCGUUCGGCGAGGCCCUGGGCUUCGUCGCCGGCGACGAGGACCUGUUCCGCUACGUCGAGACCAACGACCGCAUCUUCCCCGUCCUCGCCGUCAUGCUGAACAUGCCGUGGCUGGGCAUUGCGAUGCAGCGAUGGCCGCUGAACAAGCUGCUGCCGUUCGAGAGCGACCGGUUCGGCUUCGGGAGGCUCAUGGGUAUGGCGAAGAACUUGGCAGACAAAAAGUUGGCUGCCGGGCUGGACGAGAACAACAUGGUACAAAUCCACCUUCGCAACGGGGUCACGUACAAGGAGCUCUUGGCCGAGAUCUUUCUCGAGCUGAUCGCCGGCUCGGACUCGACGGCGACGGCGAUCCGCAUGACCAUGCUCUGCCUCCUCAACACGCCGGCGGCUCUGAACGCGCUCCGCCAAGAACUCGACACCGGCAUCUCCAAAGGCCUCAUCAGCUCUCCAAUCCGCGAUGCCGAGGCGCGCCGGCUCCCGUACCUGCAGGCCGUCAUCAAGGAAGGGCUCCGCAUGUACCCGCCGUCCACGGGCCUCAAUUACAAGCAGGUGGCCAAGGGCGGCGCGGAGCUCUGCGGGCAGUUCCUCCCCGAGGGAACGCAGCUGGGCGUCAACAUACACCAGCUGAUGCGGUCGAAGGCGACGUUCGGGCCAGAUGCCGAUGUCUUCAGGCCGGAACGCUGGUUGGAGGCCGCCGCCGCUGCUGCUGAUGAUAAUGAUGAUGACAGUAAUGGCGAGACGCGCUUUCGCGAGAUGGCGGGUGUCGUUGACCUCGCCUUCGGCCACGGCCGGUUCCAGUGCCUCGGCAAGACCAUCGCGGCCAUGGAGCUAAACAAGAUCUUUGUCGAGUUGCUACGCAGGUUUGACUUCGCGGUUGUGACACCACAAGAGCCGCUCAAGCUAUAUGAUGCCGCGUUCUGGGUGACGACAGACUUUUGGCUACGAGUGACCAAAAGGCCGUGAGUUGAGGAGGGAGAGAAAGAGAGAGAGAUCUGGUCAUUCAGGUCGUGUCUAUUCCUACCAGACUACCCGUUGCAGCGGAUGGAAGACUCGAUCCUAAAGAGGAAGAUCUCCAAUAACUCACACAUAUCUACUGUUUAGCUACUGCGUCAGUCAACCUUGAUUGAUCACCAAAAAAUAGUCAAAAAGUCAAAAAGAUUCAUGUCAAUCGCUGACGGGAAU